AAAACCUUUUGGCAACCGACGGAUUCUUUUCCCCAGUCUGUAAUACCCUGACCUCACACAGAUGUCUCUUCUUCCCUUAUUUAAGUUUAUAGGAAGCUUGUGGUGAACACAGUAAAGCUCAAACAAGCACAAAUAUACAUCACAUGAUUGCCAUUUACUUUCCGGAUGAGUUAGCUUUUGUUUUCAGACCGGGGAGGCAGCUGUUCUCGCGGCCACUGUCAGAAAAGCAGAACUAAAGCAAGGAGAGGCAAAGGCAGAGCCCUUGGGAAUGGCCAGUCGUCUGGAGGGCUUAAGGCUUGGCAGCGGGGUAGGAGCAUUUUGGUUGCUGCCAGGGUGUGAGGGGGAAGGGGGCUGCGGGUGGUUGCAAAACCAGCCCGAAGCAAAAAAAGUGAGGUUUUUUCCAGGAAGACAGCAGCGCUGGGGGGAGCAGGCCGCGUUGGCUGCCCAGCAGGCGGGUGUGUCCAGUACAGGCCGCAGGACGCAGGAGGCUGGGGGCGGGGGAAGCUGCGUCUAGGUCAGCGAAGGGCAGAGGAAGCCGGACACGGACGCAGUCGUCUCCCGAUCCCGGCUCCAAGGCUUCUAGCGGGAAACCGAGUCCCGACCUACGGCCGAUCUUCAGGAGCCCCAGUCACCCCAGUCACCCCAUAACCUCCUCAGGCCUUUCCGGCACACAAGAAUUAAAUUCUGAGUAAGUCUACAAGUAGGAUGGACAGUUAUUUUAAAGCAGCAGUCAGUGACUUGGAUAAACUCCUCGAUGAUUUUGAACAGAAUCCAGAUGAACAAGAUUAUCUCCAAGAUGCACAAAAUUCAUAUGAUUCUAACCACUAUUCAGUCUCUUCAGAGUUGGCUUCCUCACAGCUAACUUCACUGCUACCAAAGGAUCAACAAUGCAUUAAUUGUUGUGCCUCAUCAGAAACAGGCUAUGAAACAAAUCAAAUUGCCCUGAAUGAAAAAACACUUGAGGGACAAACUUCUAUACAAAAUGAAAAAAAUGUAACAGGGCUUGAUCUCCUUUCUUCUGUGGAUGGUGGCACUUCAGAUGAAAUCCAGCCUCUAUAUAUGGGACGAUGUAGUAAACCUGUCUGUGAUCUGAUAAGUGACAUGGGUAACUUAGUUCAUGUAACUAAUAGUGAAGAAGAUAUUAAAAAAUUAUUGCCAGAUGAUUUUAAGUCUAGUGCAGAUUCCUUGAUUGGAUUGGAUUUAUCUUCAGUGUCAGAAACUUUCUGUAUUUCUUCAACAGACCAUGGUAAUAAUACAGUCAGAGAGGAACAGAAUGAUGUCAGUUCUGAAUUACAAAACAGAGAAAUCAGUGGAACUAAAGAAUUUGGUAUAAAAGUAGAUACGACACUUUCAGAUUCGUGUAAUUACAGCGGAAAAGAAAAUUUAGAGGAUAAAAAGAUCUCUAAUCAGUUAGAACCAGUUGUUGAUUUCAACAUGCCAUCUGCUUUGACUCAACAAAGUUCCAAAAUGUUUGAUGCCAAAGACCACCUACAGGACAAGAACCAGCCAUGUGAAUUAGUAAAAGCUGAUGGCUGUUUGGUAAAAGAGGAGGUAGAUGUGCCAGUCAUAGCUGCCCCAGAAUGUUUAAAAGAAGGAGGCAGCACAAGUGCUUUGUCUUGCAGUCUUCCAAAAAAUGGAGGUUUAUGCUUAAAUGAUUCAAAUUUAAGAGAUGAAAAUUUCAAGUUACCUGACUUUUCCUUUCAGGAAGAUAGGACUGCUAUAUUUAUAAAACAAUCUGCAAAAGAAGACUCAAGAAAUUUAGGUCUUAAAGAUAAUAAGGAUGAAAUCCAAGAUUCUGCUUCAACUUUACAUGUUUCAAGUGAAAAUACAUAUUCCUCAUUGUCCUGUCUUCCAGUACCUGGGUCUUUGUGUGGAUCAUUAAUUGAAGAUAAAGCUCAUGGUGAUUGUUUACCCCAGCAUGAAUAUAAAGAUAAUAUAAAAGAUGCAGUGACUGUGCAUGAAGAAAUACAGAAGAAUAUGACUUCAGGUGGGGAACCUUUGAAGGAGAAUGAUCUUUUGAAACAGGAAAAAUGUAAAAACAUACCUCAUCAGCCAUUAAUUGAAAAGAUGGGAGAUAGAAAGGCAGAUUCUAACCAGAUGGUAGUUAGAGUUGAGUCUUUGGAUUACCCUGAUAACACCAGUUCUUCUACAGCUGCAGAAUCUCAAAUAGAGCUUUCUGGUGCUAAUGCCCCAGAAUCUCCUGAUUGUUGUGAAGGUUUCACUUUUUCAAGCAAUGAUAUCAGUGGACAAGAUUUGGAUUACUUUAAUAUUGAUGAAGGCAUGAAAAGUGGUGCACCAGUUAGUGAUGCUGAACUUGAUGCCUUUCUAACUGAACAGUAUCUUCAGCCUAGUAACAUAAAACCAUUUGAAGAAAAUGUAACUGACUCAAAAUCUCAGAUGAAUCAGAUAGAUAUGAAAGGCCCAGAUGAUGGAAAUGUCGACAAUAUAUAUUUCAAUGCUGAAGCAGGAGCUACUGGGGAAAGUCCUGGUAUUAAUAUGAUUUGCGAAACGGUUGAUAAACAGAAUACAACAGAAAAUGGUAGCCUUUCUUUAGGGGAAAAAAGUGCAAUUCCAGUUGAACAAGUGUUAUCUAGCAGUAAGUCUGAGAUUACAAAUGAAUUAUCAGUCUCUGAUAGUAACAGUCAAUCUGUUCAUGUCGGAGGCGCCAGACCUAAGCAACUGUUUAGUGUUCCAUCAAGAACAAGGAGUUCAAAGGAACCAAAUAAGCUGGAUGUUCCAAAUAUGCCUGAAAGUGAACCCAGAAUAGCAAAUACCAUUGUUCCAACCACCUGUGCUACAGAUUCUGUGACUGAUCCUCAGGUUAGCUUCAAUUCUAAUUACAUUGAUAUAGAAAGUAAUUUUGAAGGUGGAUCCAGUUUUGUAACUGCAAAUGAAGAAUCUCUGCCUGCAAACACUUGCAAAGAAGGCCUUGUUUUGGGCCAGAAACAACCUACUUGGGUUCCUGAUUCAGAAGCUCCAAAUUGUAUGAACUGCCAAGUCAAAUUUACUUUUACGAAACGGCGACAUCACUGCAGAGCAUGUGGAAAAGUAUUUUGCGGUGUCUGUUGUAAUAGGAAGUGUAAAUUGCAGUAUCUAGAAAAGGAAGCAAGAGUAUGUGUAGUCUGCUAUGAGACUAUUAGUAAAGCUCAGGCAUUUGAAAGGAUGAUGAGUCCAACUGGUUCUAAUCUUAAAUCUAAUCAUUCUGAUGACUGUGCCACCAUCCAGCCUCUUCAGGAGACUCAAACAUCCAGUAUAUCUUCACCUACAACUUUACCAAUCUCAGCACUUAAACAACCAAGUGUUGAAGGAUUAUGCUCCAAAGAACAGAAGAGAGUAUGGUUUGCAGAUGGUAUAUUGCCCAAUGGCGAAGUUGCAGAUACAACAAAAUUAUCAUCUGGAAGUAAAAGAUGUUCUGAAGACUUUAGUCCUCUCUUACCUGAUGUGCCACUGAUGAUAAACACAGUGGAUCAUGCCCAUUCUACUACUGUGGAAAAACCAAACAGUGAGGCAGGCGAUAUAAGAAAUGAGAUAAUUCAAAGUCCUAUUUCUCAGGUUCCAUCUGUGGAAAAACUGCCUACAAACACAGGGACUGAGGGGUUGCCUACUUCUGGCUCUUUUACACUAGAUGAUGAUGUUUUUGCAGAAAUUGAGGACCUAUCAAGUCCUACUGGUGUCUUGGUUAACAGUAAUUUACCUGUUGCUAGUAUUUCAGAUUAUAGAUUAUUGUGUGGUAUUGACAAGAAUGUUUGCAAUAAGAUUAGUCUUCUACCUGAUGAUGAGGACAGCUUGCCUCCUCUUCUGGUUGCAUCUGGAGAAAAGGGAUCAGUGCCUGUAAUAGAAGAACACCCAUCUCACGAGCAGAUCAUUUUGCUUCUUGAAGGCGAAGGUUUUUGUCCUGUUACGUUUGUCCUAAAUGCUAAUCUACUUGUGAAUGUCAAGUUAGCAUUUUAUUCCUCAGACAAAUAUUGGUACUUCUCAACCAAUGGAUUGCACGGCUUGGGACAGGCAGAAAUUAUUAUUCUAUUGUUAUGUUUGCCAAGUGAAGAUACUAUUCCUAAGGACAUCUUCAGACUCUUUAUCACCAUUUAUAAGGAUGCUGUGAAAGGAAAAUACAUAGAAAACUUGGACAGUAUUACCUUUACUGAGAGUUUUCUCAGCAGCAAGGAUCAUGGAGGAUUUCUAUUUAUUACACCUACUUUUCAGAAACUUGAUGAUCUCCUGUUACCAAGCAAUCCUUUUCUUUGUGGAAUUCUUAUCCAGAAGCUAGAGAUUCCCUGGGCAAAGGUUUUUCCUAUGCGUUUAAUGUUGAGAUUGGGUGCAGAAUAUAAAGAAUUCCUGCUGCAUUGCCACCAAGCAUAUCCUGCUCCUUUAACAAGUAUCAGAGGCCGAAAACCUCUUUUUGGAGAAAUAGGACACACUAUUAUGAACUUACUUGUUGACCUUCGAAAUUACCAGUAUACCUUGCAUAAUAUAGAUCAGCUACUGAUUCAUAUGGAAAUGGGGAAAAGCUGCAUAAAAAUACCUCGGAAAAAAUACAAUGAUGUAAUGAAAGUAAUAAAUUCUUCUAAUGAGCAUGUCAUUAGCAUUGGAGCUAGUUUUAGUACAGAAGCAGAUUCUCAUCUAGUCUGUAUACAGAAUGAUGGAGUUUAUCAAACACAGGCCAACAGUGCUACUGGCCAUCCUAGAAAAGUGACAGGUGCAAGUUUUGUGGUAUUCAAUGGAGCUCUAAAAGCAUCUUCAGGAUUUCUUGCUAAGUCCAGCAUAGUUGAAGAUGGCUUAAUGGUACAAAUAACUCCAGAGACCAUGGAUGGCUUACGGCUAGCUCUACGAGAACAAAAAGACUUUAAAAUUACAUGUGGGAAAGUUGAUGCUGUAGACAUGAGAGAAUAUGUGGACAUCUGCUGGGUAGAUUCUGAAGAAAAAGGAAACAAAGGUGUUAUUAGUUCAGUGGAUGGAAUAUCAUUACAAGGAUUUCCAAGUGAAAAAAUAAAACUGGAAGCAGAUUUUGAAACUGAUGAGAAGAUUGUAAAGUGUACUGAGGUGUUCUACUUUCUAAAGGACCAGGAUUUAUCUAUUUCAGCAACUCGUUAUCAGUUUGCAAAAGAAAUAGCCAUGGCUUGUAGUGCUGCACUGUGCCCUCACCUGAAAACUCUAAAGAGUAAUGGGAUAAAUAAAAUUGGCCUCAGAGUUUCCACUGACACUGAUAUGGUUGAAUUUCAGGCAGGAUCCGAAGGCCAACUUCUUCCUCAGCAUUAUCUAAAUGAUCUUGAUAGUGCUCUAAUCCCUGUGAUCCACGGUGGGACCUCCAACUCUACUAGUUUACCAUUAGAAAUAGAAUUAGUAUUUUUUAUUAUUGAAAAUCUUUUUUAGUGAAAGGACGUGAGUUGUAUUAUAUAUUGCAAACUGAUUUGUUAAAACUAACUCCAGCACUAAAGCUGAAAUGCCACAGACACUAAAAGUAAAUAUGUUUGAUGUUUGAAACAUGUAAGCUUUGCUUUUUAGGCAGGAAUGAUCUUUUAAAAAUCAUUAGCACAAUAUUUAAAUCUCCAAAAAUUUAAGAGAUCCACAGUUUUUGAAGCUUUACACUUUACAAGUACUGAAAAAGACAAGGAUUUCUUCUGUCUUUAAAAAAUUUGUAGCAUUUAACUGUGUUAUUUAAAUGCUAAGCCAAAGUACCUGCACUUAGGUAUACCUCUUUAUGCCAAGAAUGAUUUUAAUGAAGGCUCUUUUCAGAUGUAAGCUUGUGAAGGAACUACCUUUUUUGUUUAUAUGCCAGUUAAAUUACUGGUUUCUAAAGUCUGUUAAAAAUGUAUUUCAAUGGCACAGACCAGUUUCCAGAUCUUAGACUUAAUAUGGUAAUUCUUUGAAUAAGGCAGAUAACUUAUUUGUAUAAUUGGAGUGGAGACCUACCUCCAUGAUUAGAUAAACUGAUUGUUUGCAUUAAAAUCAGAAUUUUGCCUUUUUUCUUUUCAAAUUAUUAUUUUAUAUAUACAUAUAUGGUUUUCUCUUUAUUAAAUGGGUAUUCUUAAAGUAACUGUGGGUGCUUCAGGAUUUUGUGCUUCUAUAAUUAAGUAUAUUGUUUUUAUAGCAAGAACAUGUGAUUUGGUAUGUGUUUUAUAAAUCUUUAAUAAUUUAUAAAUAGGUAAUAUUUUUGUAUUGCAGUGCAUUAUUUUUCCUCCUUUCCUUCCAAAGUAUACCACUGUAUAUACCACUUCUAAGAGUGAUUGACGACAGGCCAGAUGACCCUUGAAGUAGUCAUUAUGUAGCAAUAAAUGAAGCCUGAAACAGGUGUUUUUUUAACUUCUCCUUUAAACCUUGAAAGUUUCUUGGCAAGUCUACAUAUUUUCAUUGACACCAAUGUAUUAAGUAUAAAUUUUAAUGAACUACUUACUUUUGCAUAUUUUAAAUUCUUUAUAUGGUAGUUAUUUUUUAUAACAGGAUAUUAACAUAAGUUAAAUUCUAUGUAUUUGAAACUGUUACAGAACUUUCUUCUUUACUUCAGAUAGAAAAAAAUUUUUAAAGUACGUUGUGUUAAAAAAGUAAUGGUCAUAUUUUAGUUAAUCCUGUCAUUUAAGUUAUUUAAAAUAAUAAUCAUUAUUUUAAUGCUUUUUUUAUUCUAAUGUGGAAUAUAUAUGUUUUUGUAUCAAAAACACUCCUGUGUCUCAAGAAAAAGAAACUACACUAAAUAGCCCUGUUUUAAGAAAGUAUUUAUGAAGCAUCUCAACCUGAAGAUGAAGUCAGGGUUAUAACUCAGGUUCUUAGGUCUCAGUCUAGGAAAAAACUGAGAAUUUGAAUCAGUUUGGUCAUAUGAUUCCUACUGAAUCAAAUCUGUCGUACUAGCCAAAGACACAGCAUGGAGGAAAAUAUCAGUCUUUUGGAAGUAACUACUUCAUAAACAAUGUAAAAUGUUGCAGACAUUAAAUAAAAUUAAGCAACAUGAUGUAAUAACUUGUGAAAUUUGUUGACAUCAUAAGCAAUUGCAUAUCUAACUCAAUUUGUUUUCUUUAUAUUUUUGUUUAUUUUGCAGUAUAAGUUAAGGGCACAAUCUAUGAAUACUGAAGUUACUUUAAAAUAACCAGAAGGUAGAGGACUUUUCCCAUGAUGGGAUAGCUUUGGAUUUGUUUCCCUAAAGUCUCUAAAUUUAAUGAAAAUUGGAGUUACUGUGCCUUUGGAGGCACAUUCUAAAGUAUUCUUUGUAGAUGUACAAUAUGUUUCUGAAUGCAUUUGGUCAUGUUCUUCCCAUUGAUAAUUUAAAAUUUUAAUUUUUUUAAAGGUGAAGAAAUAGAAUGGUUCUUUGUACUCAGUCUGCAAUGAUCUAUUUUUGGUCUAUGCCUUUUAAGAAUACUGUCUUUCCAGAAUUUUGAAAUAUUAAGUAAAAUUUAGCCCAUUUGCUUUUGCAGCAAUCCAGCAGACUUAGUAUAUGCAUAUAUGCUUGCUAUAUGCAGAGCACUUUAGUAGGCUUCAUUGAUUGAAAGAUGAAUAAAAUAGUUCUUUCCCUCUUGGAGAUGAAUGUGUGAAGCAGAUAAUUAACAAAGUAAAAGUAAUUGCUAAAAUAGAGAUAUGACUUCUAAGUAGCUGGUUGGAAAACAAUUCAGGAGGAUAGCCAUACUAAUAAUGAGAAGGUGUGGGCGUUAAACUUGUCUAGGCAAGAGCUGAAAAUCUGAAGAGUCAGUAAUAUGUCAAAACAUUCAACUUUCCCUUUUAAGGCAAUUUACUUUAAAGAGUCUUCUGUGUUGUGUGAAUAUCUUACCUUAUUUAAUCAUAAAAGUCAUAAUCAUAAAAAUCAUAAUUUAAUCAUAAAAGUAGUAGCCUGACUAUGGUGUCUCAAUUGCCUAAGUUUAUAACAGCCUAGAUUUAAAUAUUGUUUUAUAAGUAAAGAAUACAACUCUUCUUUUUUUAAUAGUAAUAUAACUUUGAUAACUUGACUCAAAUUUUAAAGAGAAAAUAUCUUGAAAUAAACCAGAAACCUCUAAACAGU